AUGUCUGCUUUGAAAAAUUUCCAAUACAAUGAAGACGAAGAUGGUGAAUUACCAUCUUUAGUUACAGGAUCAGAAAAUAACUUAAACGAAAUUUUAAGUCAUGUGAAGAGUGAUGGAGGUGUGAAAUUGGUUAGUGACUCUAAGAUUGACAGGGUUAAUAAACAAAAUGAUCUUGCUAGAGACUUAAUCCAAAACGAUACCGAUAACGUUCCCUUGAAAAAAAUCCCUGUAACUAUUAUUACUGGUUACCUUGGCUCUGGUAAGUCUACUUUAUUAGAAAAGAUUGCAUUGAAAGGUUCCGACAAGAAAAUUGCAGUGAUAAUGAAUGAAUUUGGGGACUCUAGUGAAAUUGAGAAAGCAAUGACCAUCAAGAACGGUUCUGAUUCGUACCAAGAAUGGCUAGAUCUAGGAAAUGGUUGCCUAUGCUGUUCAAUGAAAAAUGUAGGUGUUAAAGCUAUCGAAGAUAUGGUAGAGAGAUCACCUGGGAAAAUUGAUUAUAUAUUAUUAGAGACCUCGGGAAUUGCCGACCCUGCACCAAUUGCAAAGAUGUUUUGGCAAGAUGAAGGGUUAAAUAGUAGUGUUUAUAUCGAUGGAAUAAUCACAGUCCUAGAUGCUGAACAUAUAUUGAAAUGCCUUGAUGAUAUCUCACCUGAGACUCAUUGGCAUGGUCAAGACGUUAUGAAGGAUGAACAUUUGACAAUUGCACAUUUCCAAAUAGCAAUGGCCGAUAAAAUCAUUUUAAAUAAAAUUGAUAGACUCACAACUAAUAAAAAACCUACUCAGAUGAUCAAUGACAUUAAGGAAAGAAUUAGAGAGAUAAAUGCAGUGGCUCCAAUAAUUGAAUCCAGAUAUAGUGAUGUACAGUUAUCAGAAGUAUUAGAUGUGCAUUCAUACGAUUCCUUGGAUAUUGAAGUCAACAAUAACACAAAUGAAUCAAAAGAAACUUUGAACUCGCACAAAUUAGACAAUAGAGCAACCAUUCAUGAUCCUCGUAUGUCAUCAAUUGUACUAACCUUUAGACCAUUAAAAGAUGAAAAUGAAUUUCAAAAAUUUAUCAAAAAUUUCUUACAGGUAUUACUUUGGAAGAAUUUUGGUGUAUCAAAUAGUUUCAAACAUAAGAAUGAAAAGGAGUGGGAAAUUCAAAGAACCAAAGGUCUACUAAUAAUCGGGGAACCACCUUCAAAGGGAGAAGUUAAAGUGAUCCAAGGUGUAAGAGAUACAUUUGAUGUGAUGCAUGGUGAGUUACCGCCUAAUGUCAAUUGUUGCAAACUGGUUUUAAUUGGCAAAUAUUUAAAUUUUGAGGAUAUAGAAAACUUACUCAAAACAGUCAUUAUUUGA